AGAUAUAAACCGAGAUUAAACGUUCCUAGCUGAAUCGAGCGUGGCGACCUAACUGCGCCACAGUUUCUAGAAGCAGACAGACAGCAUGCUGAGAUAAAGCGAGACUAGUGUAUGAGCUCACACCGCAAAGCCAGAGCAGCGGCUUCAACGCCCUGCUCCUCUUUGUGUGUGAGACGGAGCAAUCCUAAUGGUUAUUAAAGUAGCGAUAAAUCAUCGAAUAAUAAGCUAGCCGUCGCUAGUCAUAAGCAAUCUGUACAUAAAGAUUGCCAUAGGCAGAGCCAGGAAGUGACCGCAUUCAAUUGGGGCUUUUUAUAAACUGCAUUCUUUUCAGAGGAGAGCUCACUGGAACAACCAACGCAAUCUGCACAUAAAGAUUGCCAAGUGGCGCCUGUGGAUUUAGCCGAACGGAGAGGAAAAACAGACUGAAAUGCAACAUUUUGUUCAUAAUGAUGUCGUUAGGUGUUAUUAGUUGUCGGAACUGGAUACCCGUUGAGCUAGUUUGGUGAAAUAAACCUCCCUAGGCAAUGAUAAUUUAUAAAAAUGCAUAGCAGUCUGCCUAUAAAGAUUGCAUUUUUGUGUGUUGUGUGCUUAACGAGUGCGUAGAUAGGGUAUUAUUUGUCUUGUCGACUUUGCUUUAAAAUGGCGGACGGGUUGUCGUUUGCUCGGAUCACUCGAGGCAAUGGUGGCUGUUUUUCUGACUGGAUCUACGGGAAAGACUAGCUCGGGACGGCUGUCUCGCGUCGCCAGCAUCCCCAUAUACAGCUCGAGGUGUCGUCUUAAUAUCCGUGAGUCGCUAGCGGGGUAAAUAUAGUAGCACUUUGUAAACGAGCAAGACAAAUGCCAGGCGGGGGAACAUAGCCGUUGUGUUUUUAAAAGCUGGUUGGAAUUCAAAGAUGGCGACCAGACACCCGUUCACGAAGACAAGUGGUUAAAGAUAGUGGGCGUGGUUUACCGCAGACUUCAGCCAAUCAGAGGAGGCGCUGUCAGCUCAGCGCGAGCUGCUGUAUGAGAGAUUGAGAUUUCCACAGAAGGCAAAUCAAAUCCCCCGUGGCCACUAUUGAGCAGAUGCAUAAAUUCAUAUUACUGGCCUUUAGUCAGAACAACACUGGAUGCUUUGUGCUGACAAGUUCUAACAAAAAACGAAUAUUGCUAUUUGCUUAAAGAUGCCAGCUGUUUAUGUUACAUUUACAUUUAGUCAUUUAGCAGACGCUUUUAUCCAAAGCGACUUACAAAAUGUUACUCUUGAUUAAAAAGUGCAAGUAGGUUACAUGGUGUUGAACUUGAUCUAUAGUGCUGUAGGAACAGUCUUAUACAGGACAGGGUGUAAUGUAACUUUAAAAGUGAAAACAAUGUGUUUCUUCACAUCUGCAUUCCAGCAGAAACCUGACAGAUACAAUGUUAAUCUUUUCUCUCCAGUGAAUGUACAAUCUUGUUGACUUUUUCUUGUUUGUUAUGACAACUGUGACGGUUCCAGGAAUUGUGUGUGUUGUUCGGUGUUUAAGGAGUUCGGUUGUGACUAUAAAAAGUUCUUCAACAACAGUGUUACGGUAAGCAGCUAUGGCCGUGGGCCCGGUGGACCCCAGAGAGGUGCUGAAAGGAGUUGAAGCUCUGCUGGGGAAGGAUGGAGAGCUACGAAGCCUUGAGGGAGUUGCUAAAGUCUUCAGUCUCAUGAAGGCCUCGCAUAAAAUGGUCAGCAGAUGCAUGUAUCUGAACAUCUUACUGCAGACAAAGUCACAUGAUAUACUUAAUCGGUUUAUUCGAGUUGGAGGCUACAAGUUGUUGAACUCUUGGCUCACCUACUCAAAGACCACCACUAACACCCCCCUGUUGCAGCUCAUACUGCUCACCCUGCAGAAACUCCCCCUGACUGUGGACCACCUCAAACAGAACAACACAGCCAAGCUGGUGAAACAACUGAGCAAGAGCGGCGAGACAGAAGAGCUGAGGAAUCUGGCGUCAGUGCUGGUGGAAGGCUGGAUGGCUAUUAUCCGCUCUCAGAGCGUCUCCAGUGGAGCGUCACCCAAUGACAAGAAACGGAAAAAGGAGGAUGGAAAAGUACGUCCAGAGGUGAAGCCCCGAGAAAAAGGAGCAGAGGAAGAGAAGAAAGACAAACCAAAAGCUUAUGCCCCAAGUCAUGCAAAGAUCCGCUCUACAGGUUUGGAGGUGGAGAGUCCAGCUCCAGUUCCUGUAAAGAAAACCCCCUCUGCACCCCAACUUGGAGACAAAUACAACAUCAAGCCUGCUGUUCUCAAAAGACCAAGCACAUCGCCGACCGACGCACCACCAGUGGAGAAGAAGUACAAGCCCCUUAACAUCACCCCCAACUCUACCAAAGAGAUCAAAGUCAAGCUUAUACCCCCGCAGCCGAUGGAAGGCACUGGAUUUUUGGAUGCCCUCAACUCCGCUCCAGUGCCUGGCAUCAAAAUCAAGAAAAAAAAAACAAAAGCAGUUUCCCCUACCACUAACAAGCCCUGUCCGUUUGACAGCAGGCCGCAGUCAUACUCGGGCACACAGGCCAAACCGUCUUCCCCUGAGACGCCCUCAUCUCAGACACCCCCUCAUGAGAACCAAGACCUGGAGCAGCCUGGCACACCCGUGCCCACCGAGGACCCUGAUGCCAUGGAAACCGGUGAUAAACCCAAUGCUCUGUCUGAACCUCGCGGUGAGGAGGAGAGUCUGACUAAGAAAGGAAAGAAAAAGAAAAGCGUUCGGUGGGCGGAAGAGGAUCAUCUCAAAGAGUACUUCUACUUUGAUCUGGAUGAGACUGAGAGAGUGAACGUUAAUAAAAUUAAGGACUUCGGCGAGGCAGCCAAACGGGAGCUGAUGAUGGACAGGCAGACGUUUGAAAUGGCUCGUCGUCUUUCUCAUGACACCAUGGAGGAGAGGGUGCCCUGGACUCCUCCACGACCCUUGACCCUCAUAGGCACCCUGGUCAUUCCUGGUUCCAGCAGCAGAGAGAAGAUGAUCCAGAGAGACCGAGAGAUGGGCAUUCUGCAGGAGAUCUUCCUCAGCAAAGAGAGUGUUCCAGACACUUCUCAUGAGCCAGACCCUGAGCCGUAUGAGCCCAUGCCUCCUCGUCUCAUCCCACUGGAUGAAGACUGCAGUAUGGAGGAGAAUUACAUGGAGUCCGCUGACGCUGCUGCCUCCGGCGGCUCUUCAGGCUCUAAUGAAAGCUCCAAGCUGCCUCCUGUUCUAGCUAACCUCAUGGGGAGUCUGGGCAACAGCGGCCGCAGCCCUCAGGCGCAAGGAAACUGCCCACCAGCCAGUAAUAACCCUGCUGUUAAUGUGCAGGAACUGCUCUCAUCUAUCAUGGGUGCUCAGGGAUCUAACCAGACUCCAGAGGACCUGAUCAAACAGCCUGAUUUCUCAGAUAAGAUCAAGCAGCUUUUGGGCUCUCUGCAACAAAACCAGAACCAGAAUCAGAACCAACCUGCCAAUGCUCCGCCAAUGAACAUGGGUCUGCUUGGCCAUGGCCCCGGCAUGAACAACAUGCCGAUGCCCAUGAAUGGGGGUUUCCCUCCAAACAAGCCCCCUGGACCACAUUUCAACCAUCCUCCUCCUCCCCACGGCCACGGCCCACCCUUCAACGCCGGCGGCCCACGCAUGAUGGGUCCUCCACCUGGUCCACAGGGCCGCGGGGCGGACAACGGCAACUACUGGGGCGACGACCCCAUGAGAGGAGGCCCGCACCGGGGAGGACACUUCCACCGGGGGAGAGGGAGAGGAGGAGAUCCGGGCUUCAGAGGACGAGGGGGACGCGGGGGACCACGCGGGGGACACAACAACAUGGGCGACAUGUCAAAUAGGCCGGUGUGUCGCCACUUCAUGAUGAAGGGAAAUUGUCGGUAUGAAAAUAACGUUUGUGCGUUUUACCACCCCGGUGUAAACGGACCACCGCUUCCUCCCCAGCACGGUCACUGACACACCGAAAACUGCUGUUCCUUGAACUCGCCACUAGUGGGCAACAGGACUCGAAAUGAGCCUCGUGGACAGAAACUGAAACCGGGGACGUUUGCGUCUGUGACAGCACAAUCCCACCUGCUUCCUCCGACUGUACAGUAGCUUCAUUGGAUCUGAACAUUAAUAUUUCUUCUCCAUUUGACACUACUUUCCCUCAUCUGGAAAGCUGUGAGAAGAUCUGAGAUCCUCUGUGAAGAGACACAUUACUUGACUUUGCAGCCUACCUGUAAAUAGUGAUUCCUGGAGAUGUAUAUUUUUUAUUGUGAUUCUGUGUACCACUGACCUGACUGCUAAAGAUUGUACUACAGAACUCUGUAACCACUAGGACACGAUGUAAAUAGUUCCUUAAGCUUCUCCCGGUGGCAAAAACCCAAGAUACUGGAUGUGCAGUUUUCUAAAUUAUAAUACACACGUCAGUCAUUCUUUGCCUAAUGAACUCGACACUUUGAAAAGUUAUCACCGCACAGAACGUUUAUUUUAAGAUUUUCUGGUUGAAUUAAGUCCCUCUGACGGUGCCGUACUGUUUGAUGUUUUAUUUUCAGGUUUCUAUUGAAGAGGGAGAAACCGUACUUCUAUGAAAUGUGUAGAUGCUUUCCUUUUUCACACACGGUUCUCGUUUUUUCAGUCCACGAUUUUUAGUUUUAAAGAUACUGAAAUGUAUUGAUGAAUUGGUAUUAUGUUCACUUUUCGCCCUGAAUUGGAAAUAGUAUGUACGCGGGGGCUUAAUACUAUUCAGAACCGCUACCUUUUGCAUUUUUGAAGUCCCACUGAAUACUUGAAUCGAUACUUUGUGAUGGAAAGUGAUCCUAGCCUGCUAAAGAAAUAUCAGCUGUUGUUCUGUGUAGUGUGAUAAUCAGGAGAAUUAGUGCUGAUUUCCUACUUGAUGUUGAUGCUGUGGCUUGAUUUGCUGUGCGCUCGUGUUCUCGGACCCGUGUGGGUCUGUCCUGCUCUAUCAGUGUUAAGCUGAGCCUAACCUGGGCUACAAACCACUGUCAUCAAGGCCAAAUGUAUUCAGGUGUUUUCUGUGAAAACCGUGGCCAUUGUCUCUUGUGGGACUCCAUUUUCUUUUUCUUUUUUUUUUUUGUUGGAUUCACUAUUGUCCCAUGAUUUUAUUUUGAUACAAGUCUGAUGAUUUUUCUUUUCUAUUGUUGUUGGAGAGAUGUCUAUGUGUCAGAGCGCCGCAUAAACACAAUAAAAGGCACAUUCAGAAAUGUAA